AUGUCUUCGACGGAGGGCUCGAGUCGCGCGGCGGACAAGUCGCCGCGCCAGCAGGUGGACCGCCUGCUGGUGGGGUUGCGCUGGCGGCGGCUGGAGGAGCCGCUGGGCUUCAUCAAAGUUCUCCAGUGGCUCUUUGCUAUUUUCGCCUUCGGGUCCUGCGGCUCCUACAGUGGAGAGACAGGGGCAACAGUUCGCUGCAACAACGAAGCCAAGGAUGUGAGCUCCAUCAUUGUUUUGUUCGGCUAUCCCUUCAGGUUGAACCGGGUCCAGUAUGAGAUGCCCCUUUGCGAUGAGGACUCCACCUCCAAGACCAUGCACCUGAUGGGGGAUUUCUCUGCUCCCGCCGAGUUCUUUGUGACCCUGGGCAUCUUCUCCUUCUUCUACACCAUGGCCGCGCUGGUCCUCUACCUGCGCUUCCACAGCCUCUACACAGAGAACAAGCGCUUCUCGCUCGUGGACUUCUGUGUGACUGUCUCCUUCACCUUCUUUUGGCUGGUAGCUGCAGCCGCCUGGGGCAAGGGCUUGACGGACAUCAAGGGGGCCACACGGCCAUCCAGCCUGACGGCAGCCAUGUCAGUGUGCCACGGAGAGGAAGCGGUGUGCAGUGCUGGGGCCACGCCCUCUAUGGGACUGGCCAACAUCUCUGUGCUCUUCGGCUUUAUCAACUUCUUCCUGUGGGCCGGGAACUGUUGGUUUGUGUUCAAGGAGACCCCGUGGCACGGGCAGGGCCAGGACCAGGGCCAGGACCAGGGCCAGGGCCCUAGCCAGGAGAGCGCAGCAGAGCAGGGAGCAGUGGAGAAGCAGUAA